AGGUGCCGAGAGGCGAGGCAGGGCUGUUUGUCAGGGGCUGGGUGCUUUUCGUCCCUGCAGGCGUGGCUGCUGACUAUAUAUGAAUUUGACCUGUCUUUUGCCUUUCUGGGUCACCUUCAGCGUGCACGCUGUGAAUGCAGCGCUCCUAACGUGUAGUUUAGCACGCUUUCACGUCGUGCCCGUGGGGGCAGGUGCCCGCGCUCCGUGGUGGAGCCGCUCCUCUCGGACUUCGUGUUCCUCCCGACUGUAACCCUGGCGGGGCAGGGACGGGUUUUCCCGCCGACCGGGGCUGAGGCGGCGGCCGCGGCGCGCGGAACGGCGGCGGCGGGGCCCGCGUUGCCGCAGGGGCGCUGUUGGGACGGACCGACCGGGUGCAGCGCCGUCAUGGCCGCCGGGCCCGCGGCGCCCCGCGUCCUCAACGUGAACGUGGGCGUCCUGGGCCACAUCGACAGCGGGAAGACGGCGCUGGCGCGGGCGCUGAGCACCACCGGCUCCACCGCCGCCUUCGACCGGGCGCCGCAGAGCCGGGCGCGGGGCAUCACGCUGGACCUGGGCUUCUCCUGCCUGCGCACCGCCCUGCCGCCGCAGCUGGGCCCGGGGCCCGGCGAGCUCCAGUUCACGCUGGUCGACUGCCCGGGGCACGCCUCCCUCAUCCGCACCAUCAUCGGCGGUGCCCAGAUCAUUGAUUUGAUGAUGCUUGUAAUAGAUGUGACAAAAGGGAUGCAGACGCAGUCAGCAGAGUGCUUGGUAAUUGGGCAAAUUGCCUGCCAGAAGAUGGUGGUAGUUCUGAACAAAAUAGAUCUCCUUCCAGAGGGGAAGAGACAAAGUGCCAUUGAGAAGAUGACUAAGAAAAUGCAGAAGACUUUGGAAAAUACUAAGUUCUGUGGGUGUCCUAUUGUUGCUGUUGCAGCAAGGCCUGGUGGACCAGAAGCCCCAGAGUCUGAGAAUCCGCUAGGUGUUUCUGAAUUAAUUGAGGUCCUGAAGUCUCAGGCUUACCUGCCAUCAAGAGACCCCUCGGGACACUUCCUUAUGGCAGUCGACCACUGUUUCUCUAUCAAGGGUCAAGGCACAGUGAUGACAGGGACUAUUCUUUCUGGCUCUGUUAGCCUUGGUGACAACGUGGAGAUUCCUGCCCUGAAGGUGACAAAGAAAGUCAAGUCCAUGCAGAUGUUCCAUACUCCUGUAACUUACGCUAUGCAGGGUGACAGAGUAGGUAUCUGUGUAACCCAGUUUGAUCCCAGACUGCUAGAACGAGGCCUAAUUUGCACCCCAGAAUCACUUCACACCAUCCAUGCUGCGAUAAUUUCCCUGAAGAAAAUCCAGUAUUUUCGAGGAGCUCUUCAGACCAAGGCCAAGUUCCAUAUCACAGUUGGUCAUGAAACAGUUAUGGGAAGAGUGAUGUUUUUCAGUCCAGCCCCUGCUGACUUCAGUGAAGAAAUUCAAGAAAACGUUUUUGAUUUUGAAAAAGAUUAUCUUUAUCAAGAGGAAUAUUUGUCCAAGGACUCAAAUUCUUCAGAGGAGAACAAAGAAAAUGACCAGGCAGGAGAAGUCCAGCUCCCAAGACAACAGUGGGCUUUGCUAGAGUUUGAAAAACCAGUCACUUGUCCUAAACUGUGCCUUGUGAUCGGCUCCAAGCUGGAUACAGAUAUUCAUGCAAAUACUUGCAGGUUGGCAUUCCAUGGGGUACUGCUCCAAGGCAUGGAAGACAAGAACUACGUGGAGACUUUCCUUCCAAAGCUGAAAGUGUACAAACUGAAGCACAAAGAAGGACAAGUGGAAAGGGUGAUGGAUGAUUACAAUGUGAUUGGUCGUUCAUUGUUUAAAAAGGAAACAAACAUCCAGAUUUUUGUGGGUCUAAAAGUCAAACUAUCUACAGGAGAAGAUGGAAUAAUAGACGGUGGUUUUGGACAAAGUGGCAAAUUUAAAAUCCGAAUUCCAGAGGGGAUUUUUAAGAACACUGGAAUCACUGAGAAUGGCCUGAAGCCAGAUACCAAGAUGCUGCUUACUGUUGCCUCCAAGAAGAAAUCUAAGGCAGGGAAAGGGGAUACAACCAAAGAGGAUGAAAGCAGCAAGAAUGAUUCAGCCCAACCUGUUACCAUCUCUCUUCUCUUUAAAAGAUAUGUCUUUGACACGCGGAAGAAGAUGAUUCAAUCCUGAGAAAGCAAGAGAGAGGCCUCUGAUCACACCUGAAAGACCAGACUCUGAAAUGAAUUCAGGUGGAAUGUGUUCCUUGUCUGAAUGCAUUAAGACCUGCUCCUUCCUCACAAACAGAGCCUGGAAGCUCCUGAUGACUAUGUGCCCCCUUCCAAAAUCUUUGCAAUCUGGUUUUGUUCUGUUAGAAUCUGCGUAUUUUGUCAUUUUGUCAUGUCACUUUGCAAUGUGAAUCUUUACAGCCUCUCUGAGAACGUCACCUGCCAGAUGAGCACGUUCAGGUGUGCGUUCUAAUAGCAGUGUUUUUCUGGAGGAUUGUUCUGAAGCUUCUCUUGAUUUAAAAGUUUGCCACCAAUAUUAAUCUAAAUCUAGUCAAGAUGUGAAUUUCAUGUGACCCACAAAGUGAAGCUGAUUAGGCUAGGUUUACUUCCCUGAGCAAAGUGGGGGACAGAAAGCACACGAUAUAAUAGGUGAAACCUAAAAUGGAUGUUUCGCAUUCCUUCAGCUGCAACUAUGUAAGACGCUAUCUGAGAGAUGAUAUGGAUCUCUUUUAUAAAUAUGAUUUAUAUCUAGAAAUGUUUUUCAUAUUAAACAUAACGAUGCAUGUAA